CAGCUAGCAGAUAUUUUUGCCCUCUUUUCUCUUAGUCAACCAGUUCUAAGCUAAUAUUGAACUCUCAUUACUUCUCUGGGUAGAUCCAAAUCAUCAAUACCAAAAGAAAAUGGUGGCUGAACGAGCUAAGCUACACAUAGCCUUAACAUUUUUACAAUUUUGUCAUGCAGGAAAUCAUAUAUUCCUCAGAAUUGCACUUAAUACUGGAGUCAGCAAGCUUGUAUUUCCUGUCUAUAGAAACAUCACCGCUUUCAUUCUUCUAGCCCCACUUGCAUAUUUCACUGAAAAGAAAGACAGGCCUCCAAUAACCAACUAUUGUCUGCUACAAUUUUUCCUACUUGGACUUGUUGGAAUAACAAUGAAAGAAGGAUUUUACCUCUUGGGAUUGGACAACACAUCGCCGACAUUUGCUUCUGCUAUGCAAAAUUCUGUUCCAGCCCUUACCUUUCUAAUGGCUGUUAUAAUAAGGUAUGAGAGUUUGCACUUAAAUAAGAUAGAUGGUAUGGCUAAGGUUCUUGGAGUCCUUGCUUCUGUUGGAGGAGCUUCAGUCAUUACCCUUUACAAAGGACCUAUCAUUUAUGCUCCACAAUUAGCACUACAUGAGGGGCAAUUCUUGUCUCUAUUUGGUGAUGAAAAUGGGAAAAACUGGAACUUGGGUGGCAUCUUUCUCUUUGGUCACUGCUUGUGUUGGUCUGGUUGGAUUGUGAUGCAAGCAUUUGUUCUUAAAAAGUACUCAGCUCCACUUACAGUUUCUGCUUUUACUUGCUUCUUUGGUGUUUUGCAGUUUGUGGCAAUUGCAGUUUUUCUUGAGAAGGAUCCUAAAGCUUGGCAGCUCAAUUCAAGUGAAGAGGCCUACAGUGUUUUGUACUCGGGACUGGUGACUUCAGGGCUGGCAGCAGCAAUACAAAUAUGGACUAUUAGCAAAGGAGGGCCAGUGCUUGCUUCAAUUUAUCUUCCCUUACAAACAUUACUUGUAGCUUUGAUGGCAUCCAUUGCUUUUGGUGAAGAGUUCUUCUUGGGAGGGAUUAUUGGAGCUGUCUUAAUUAUAUCUGGCUUAUACCUUGUUGUCUGGGGAAGAAGUCGAGAAAUUAAGUCUGGUGAGGAAUUCAUAGUCUCCAUUGAGCCUGAGAAUCAGUGGGAAGAAAAAAGUGACAGCUCUUCCCUCAUCCAACCAUUGAUUCCUCUUCACAACUCUUAGAUGUUAGGGGAAUAAUUUUGUAUGCUAGUAAAAAUGUAUUAACAAAUAUUACAUCAUUUAUUUGAUGUAGCAGGGUAUUUUUGCAAGUACCAACUACUGAUAUGGAUGCACUACAAUUACUAAUAUAUAGUCCAUAAGUUAGUUGAAUAUAUACACAAGGACAUCAACUGAUAGAUAACUGAUUUUUAUGUUGUAUUAAUGAAUUAUAAGCUAGCCACAAAAAAUAUUACACCCCUUUUAGUAGCCUCUGCUUGUUUAUUGGCGGUAGCUAGCUUUGGUCAUUAACGUGGCUAGGUUUGUUUUA